AUGGCCCGCCAAAUGAUAAAGAGUGCUUUUAACAACUACUGCAAGAAUAAAAGAAGUUUUCCAAUAUGGGGCAGUAUUUCCUCUCAGCAAAAGGAAGUACUUAUUAAAAAUCUCGAAGAAAUGACUGCCCAGAGACAUAUUGCCUUGAACAGAUUUCAAGAAUCUUGGGCAGCAUAUUAUAUUUUGUCUCAGAAGUGGAGGUCUGCUGUAAUGAUAUCAAGACGUAAAGAUUAUUUAGAGGUGCAAAUUUCUUCUGCUAACUGUACUGGAUUGAGACUUGAAAUAUUUGUUAGAGUUGACAUUGGUAACCAAAAUUGGAAAUUAAAAUCUACUCUGCUUCAGAAAAAGUUAAGUGCAUUUACACUUUUAAAUAUUUUAGAAGACAAAGAUAUUGAUAGAGACUUUGUCAAUAUCAUUGAAGGCCUCUGCAAUAAAUAUCAGAAAACUGUGCACUCAAAGCAAAUAAAAGUUAUCAGCUUUUUUAAGUCUUUUUAA